AAAAGACCGGUAAAGCAAUAUUUCAAGAACAUGUUGAGUAGUUGGUAAUAUGAUCUAUUGAUUAGACUUUUUUGUUUUACUAAGCUGAGCUAAUUUUUUGAAAUUACAAAACAUCCGCGUGAAUAAACUACUUUAGGUCUCAAGCGACGCCUCGGACCCAACUGAAAGACCGUGACGAUUGGCUGUAGCCUUGACAACUCAUUGACCAACAUACCCACGUACCUUUGUGAUGUCACGCCUUGACGACGAGGAAACUGCCUGCGGAGGGUCCCCUGGUUGGCUAACUGCCACUGCGGGCGUCAUUAUGAAGUCAUGCCCCUCCUUCCACCCACGGACGUGUUUAGCGACGAAGGUGCGGCGAGGACAUAAUUUAUGAAUGCAGGAAGCGGCCAUCUCAGAAGGAGCCUGGACUCCGUGCUUAGAGCCCUCCCGAGUAUUCCGACACUAAUGCCAGAGUCCCAGAAAGGUGGACGACCGUGGCAAAGGUGUUGAGGUGGACCCCUCGACUUCAAAGAGAUGAAACACUCUGGGAUAUAGACGAGAGGAAUUACUGGCGCCGCUUGUGAGAAUAUGUGAAGUUAGUAAAGAAACAAAAGUGUGGAAUCUUGCAAAGGGCCGAGUGCAAUCGCGUGCAGGAGACGCAAGGUGUAGCGCGGUCGUUUAGACUGGUGGACAGAAAAAAAAAGGUAGUUCAUCUUUGAUGUUACUGAAGGCACCGCCAUUAUCUGGGACAUACAAUCGAUGCCCUCAACAUCAACGACAUUCUCCUGUAAAAGACCUGUUGGAAUCUUUCAACAGCUGUCAGAAGUCUAACAGAAGCGGGAAUCGUGCAUAAGGUUGGGUUCCUUGCCACCGACAUCAUCAUACGUGGACGUUAGUCGAUGACUUUCAGCUCUGUUGGAACUUUCCAGAAAUCAGUGGAACAUCAACCGCAGGUUUGCAUCACGACAUCAAAGACAGAACAACCGUAGGCUGCAUGGUCGGUGGACCGUGUCCUGAGUAUCUGAAAACAAAAGUCAAAGGCGUGGUGGUGUUUCUAUAUCUGAUGCCCGAUACAAUGCUGACGGAUCAGUAGAAAGAUAUCGUGAACUCGAAGCAGUGUGGAACUAGCAUGCAGGUCGAUGUGUAUCAUGCCGGUGAUACAGAGGUGAGAAACCUGUGCGGCAACAUUUAACUGUCACAGCAGAGAGCCUGUGACGCCGCAGGGUGCCGACAGUGUUGUCAAGGUGAUCAGCUUCGCUGAACGAAGGAGAGUGAAAGCCACGUCAGGCACAAAAGAAAGACAGAAAUCAAAAUGCUGCGCGUCAAAUGUCGUGCCCUGCUGCACGAGUUUGUGUGUGACAUUGUCAUCUUCCUCUUCAAGACCGGCGAAUCUCUCCUGGACGCCACCAUCCGCCCUUACGUCAUUGCCGCUGUCUGCAGCGACCUCUAUGGUGGCGCCGACGUCACUUCCGACUUCGGCAGGACCGACGGCGCUGGUGGUUUGUCUGUUGACAACGGCACUGCCUUUGGAGACAAGGGAGGGGUGUGCUUUCAUCUGAACGACUUGCCUGAUAUUGAAGCCAAGGUACAGAGCAAAGCAGCCGGAAUCCUGGUGGCUCACAGGGUUCUAGUCAAUGUUCCUGCGGUCAUCCUCGGGCUGUUUUGUGGUGCCUGGAGCGACACUAAGGGGAGAAAAUUUCCAAUGAUGGCGCCGAGUGCUGGUUCUUGCCUGGGCGUCACGCUUUACUUGGCCAGUACCCAGGUGCGUGACUACAAGGUCUUCCUACUGCUAGCAGGGGCUGCAAUCCAAGGCAUGUUUGGAAAGUCACCGGUGAUCAGUAUGGCGGUCAACAGUCAUGUGGCCGACACCAGUGACACGGACCAGCGCACCCGGCGCCUGGGUCGUCUGCUCGCCAGUAGUUUUCUGGGUAUGUUCCUGGGCUCGCUGCUGGCCGGCGUGUUGCAGGACCUGUCCAGCCUACUCACCACCUUGCUGGUCGUCAGCAUCUGUCACGCCCUCUCCGUCCUCACCGUACUGCUGGGCGUGCCCGAGACGAGGUCACCCGAGGUCAGGGACGGGGCGGCAGGACAGGCCAUCCUGCGGGCGGAAGACGAGAUGGCGGAGGAGGAGCAGCAGAAGGACCCCGGCCUCUUCAGCUGGGCCGGGUGUCGUGAGUCUCUCAUGACGGUGUGUCGGAAAAGGGAAGGCAACAAACGAAUCGUUGUCAUCGUCUCCCUGCUUCUCAUCACUCUCAACUCCUGCCUCAAGGUUGGGGACCAGGACGUAACAGUUCUCUUCGUCCAGCGGCCGCCGUUGUCGUGGCCGCAGUCGUGGUACGGGUACCUGACAGCCGUGGACUACGCCACCAUGGGCUUCAGCCUCCUGCUGCUGCUGCCCCUCCUGGCCGAUAUGCUGCGCAUGUCCGACGUUGCCAUCGUGACGGUGGUGGCCUUCAAGCUCGUGCGCUCGGUUUGGGCCGGCUUCUGCACCGAGACGUGGAUGGUGUUCCUGUCUGUGGUGGCCGGCUCGCUGGGAGGACUGAUUACCCCGGCUCUGCGGUCCGUUCUGAGCAAGAUCGUGAAGGAAGGAGAGGUAGGCAAAAUGUUUUCCAUCCUGGCUUCGCUGGAGACGCUGUCGAAGCUGCUGGGGUCAAGUGUCUUCACCGGAGUGUACGCCGCUACUGUUGACGUCAUUUCCGCUGCCGCCUACUUGCUGGAGGCGGCCGUGUACCUGAUCGUGCUGGGCAUGACGGUGUGGUUGGCGCAGAUGAUGCGGGAAGAUGGCGCCCAUGACCUCCUCCUGACCUUUUCCAGACCAUACUACGCCUUCCACAAGGCCAAUGGCAAGAGCGACAACUCGCAAAGUGCUGGAACCGUCCCUGUCAUUCAGAUGGAAGACACUUCCCGACCUCAGCCACAUCGGGAGAGCCGGCUUCAAUCUCUUGGGGCCUCCACCCCCUAGGAUUUGGGGGACAGGCUUAAGUUUUCUUCAGAUGAUCACGAAAAAUCUUAACUGUCCCUGAACUUGUUCCAGUGUGAGUGAGAGGAAGUCGCAUCGCGCACUCUUUGUGAAUGAGUUUUGUCAAAUGAAAGUUGGAGGUUUUGGAGGUGAAAGUCUACAAUACUCCUCUUAGUUUUAUUUCGGUUACGGAUUACUAAUUAAUGUAAUGCGUUCUCGAUCAAAGUAACAUGUCAAUUAACAGUGCGAGUGUAUGUGACUCAUGAAGAUAACCGCUGAGCUUUCAUUGUAGCAUUUCACUGCCAACUGGUUGAUUUCAGAUUAUUAAAUGAUAUUAAAAAAAUAACCCAUUCACCAAAAUAGUAACAUACCCGGGCACCUGAUCCACUAACAUCAGUGAGUCUGCCAGUCAUCAGGCAGGGGAGUGGAGGGCAGGGCAGAGAGUCAAGUCAAGUGGUUAGUCAAUCAGUAAAAAUCCAAUCUAGUCAAGUAAGAGCAAGUUAGUCAGUCCUACAAAUUAAUUGUGAUUUAAAAUUACAUUACUGCAGUUACUUGAGUUCCCCAGGUUGCUAACUACGACCCCUGGAUAGCACAUGGCUGUUUAACUUUUUAUAGUAUUUAGCGAUUUUAACAGUUUAAGUUCAGUUGUAGUGGGAUAUCGGGAUGUUGGGUUGUACGAAGUGUUGCUGGUUACUCGGGUGGAUGCACAACACGAUGCUGGGUGACAGAUGAUCAGCGCGGACUCAGGUAAGUGUAAGGUUACUUUAUGGGAUUUAGAUAACUUAUUUGUUCAUAGUCAGCCCCUGGUUAGCUGGGUUUUCUGUGACUGGUUACACUUGAUGUGACGCAGCUGCUGGUACCACAAACACCUGAAUGCUUGGUCACGUGGAUCAUCAGGUGCAUGUAAAUGUGUCAUGGCCAUGAUAGUGGGAUAAGUAGGGGAGCAGGUUAAAAAGGAGCAUCAGCUAAGGUUAACAUCUCUACACCAUGCACGCAGACACGAGAACCACACUAACUUUUCAUUAUGCCCCCUAUCUUGUUGGCAAACCCUUACCCUCUCCCAAACCCUGUUUGUUGAACAGUCCCCCGGAUACAACCACCAUCAGGACCUACUUUGCUGUCACAAACAGAUGUUGUUUUUGCUAACUGGCAGACGAACCAACGAAGCAAUCAUAGGGUAUGACCGAACCCAGAUGAGACAAAGAGGUCGAGCAUUUUAUUAUUGUGGGAAUACGAGUACUGUAGAUUGUUUGCGAUUGGAACAUUCUGUUGGAAAAGGAGCCAGGCAAGGGAAACACUAAAGCAAUAAUAAAGUCUUAACUUGCAUGAAGCACGUGACUUUCUCACGUCUGCGUCGAAUUUCUGUGUUUUAUUUUUGCUUUGAUUGUUGAUGAAUGCAGCGUGAAACGGACUUGUCCCAAAUAUUUGUCUUGAUCUCUGUAAUUAAGUUAUCUCUGCCUCUAUUCCCUCUUUCUGUGUGUGUGAGAGUGAAAGAGAGAAAGAAAAAGCGCAAGACAAAGAGAGAUAAUGUUUCCGUGUUCGUGAGGGAUUUUCCUCCAAUGUGUGUGUGGUUUUUGUUGUUUUUUUUUUUUGUUUGUUUUGUUUGUUUUUUUUUUUUGUUUGUUUUUUUUUGUUUUUUUUUUUUUUUUUUUGCACAUAUUUCCUCGCAAUCCACACGAAAUAAAGUCGAAUCUGUGCAAACCAACGCAGAAUGUUUUACAAAGGGGGAGAACCCCAUCUUGGCCCGGUGGUCUCCCUUGACGACCGCCAGCAGCGCUUGUCAUGUCGUCGUACACUUGGCUGACCAUGGCAGGCGGCCAGCAAUGUCGGUUUAAUAUGGGAGAAUAAAUCGAAGGCGUUAUACGCAGGCGCAGCUUUUGGGGAGGCCGAGCAUUACGAGGGCAUGGAACACGGGGACCCGGAGAGCCGGAAUGAAAGAAGGAACGCAAUUAUCCCUCCCUUUCAUGCAUGAGUCUCAGCGAGCCCCGUUUUCAAAAGUCCUUUUCUCAGGAACCAAUUCUAUCCAUUAGGGACCACCUUAGGUGGAGCUCCACCACGCUGUCCAUUCGAUUAGCAUCAAACACCACCACUGACAGGUCUAAUGUGACACGAAACGAUGAGAGCACCAGUAAAGUAAAUGAGCGAUAAUUAAAAUAAAGACCUGGAGAUAGUUCUGAAACAUAGCCAAAAUAGAUACAAAAAUUGUUCGUGACAAUGUGAAGAUGGAAAUAGAACAUGGUUGAAAGAAAACAAGAAGUCGACGAGGAGAAUUCCUACCCGAUAAUACUAUAUUUCAAGAAAAAUUGAAAUGGUCAGGAUUGAUCGAACUAAAGGACAGUUCCCCCCCCCCAAAAAAAAAAAAAAAAAAAAAUUACCACAUCUGUAUUUCUGUGUUCCUGGAAAUAACUAUUGGAGGAAUUCUGUUUGAUAUUAUCGCUUCUGUCAAUUAUUUUUCAAUGAUUAUAUUUAAAAUAGAUUAUGGCAAAUAUUAGAUUCCCCUUCGUUUUGCAGAAAUACAGUUACACAUGUUUAAAAAUGUAAACACCGAACUGUACGUACUCGUGCGUGCUUGAUCGCAAAAAAAAAAAAAAGAGAUUGAUUCAACCUCAACCUAAUUUGUAUAUGUCGCUUUAAUGUCCCUCCCCCCUUCGUUGAAGACCGAUUGAGCUGUGAGUUAACCGAGAUAAAUACAUGUUCUAGAACACGGUCUUGUCCAAGACACUCGCGGUUUAACAUUGUUUAGCAUUUUGUUUUUAAAUACUUCAGCUCUUAUUUCAGCCUGGCGCGAGACGCGACUUAGACCGCCCUCGCCCUAACCCUCUCAAGAAAAAAAAAUAUUUGUGAUCAGGGCAAUUCUUCAGCGUCGGUCUUGUCAUCUAACUUCGAAUCACUUCUAUCCACUUCUCUGUCAGCUGUUUGUGACUGAUGGAGGGGUUGCGAAACAGUUGGCAAAGCCCAACGCGCGCCAUCUUGAAACCCCCGCCUUUUCUUCUCAUUCUUGGUGUCCCCCCGUCAGGAAAUUGAAGAGCGUUUGCCCGAUGGACCAGGGCAUUAAUUCCAACACGAGCAUCUCGCCAUGGGGACGCUAUUCUCCUCCAGGCGAGCGGGUUAAAAUAAACGCUGUGUCGGAGGCGAGCAUGGACAACAAGGGGUGAGUAAUUAAAAUAAUCAUCUAUGAAUAUUCACGCCCCUCCGAGCUCGACAGUCCAAGCUGAGGCAGAGAUCGAUUUUGUGCAAUCACUGAUCUUGAUCCAGGAGGGAAGACAACCGCCGGUCGCCAUCCGUUCAGCACUGGGCUUAGAUGUGACAUCACUGCGUCUGCUUCUGCGCAGCAUC